AUGCUCCGACUUACAGCUGCUAAUGCGAUGUACCUACCUCGAAACACGACAAACUGGCCGAAAUUAUGGCGCCCACUGUCGAUAAGUAGACGUAAUUGGCAGCUAAAGACCGAGAUUGAAUCUAACUCCACGCGAGGUAAGAAAUUGAAACCCAAGAGAGCCCAAAUUGUUGUUCUCAACCCUCGCGAAGCAGGUUUGUUUCGGCGCAAACGAAUACCAGGCCAUUUUACCGGAAGCGGCAGACACAGACACUUGGCCAAGGAACGCCUAAGUGCAUUGGAGGGGGUCGAAUUUGAUGACCGCAACUCGAAAUUGAGCCAUCCAGAAACAUCGGCUGGUAACAUCUUACAGGAAAUAGAAUCUCAGCGCCGGAAGCUUCUGAUCUUCAAAAAUUCCGUCCCUCGUGAACAAGUGGUAAGAUCAAUCCACGAGCUCAAGCCAGGCGCUGACUCCAGGAUCAUGUCUGCCAAGCGUUAUGAGCAGCUCAAGACGUUAUUGGAAGGAGCAUAUACCGUACCGCAACUGAAAGCCUACAUGAAGAAGUACUUCGAUGUGACAGCUGCCAAAUCCGUUCCCAAGAAGACUCUUAUCACCAGGAUUAUGGGAGACCUUUGGCAAUGCCAACUAGAUGAGUCCAUAAGUGAGGGACAGGAUCUGAUUGUGGAACGUAUUAUUGACGUCCAAACUAGGGAUAUUUACCUCAUAUUGCUAACCAAUAAUGGUAAAAUUCUUCACAAUUUUGCACGUCUCGGGGCCACGGUGGCGGUAGCAUUGAGUGAAAAUAAGAUAAUCGUUCGAGCAACAAGCUCCCUUGUCAAGUACGUCGAGGUUUCCCUUAGAAAAAUAUUAGACAAUGUGCAACGCGAAGAUAUAUCAAUAAGUGAACUCAUCAAGAACCACCAUGAUCCCACGGGAGCAGCUAUCGAUAUACAAGAGAUUGUUAAUUUGGUACAAAAAGAGAGCGCAACUUUUUUCGAGCGGAGCCCUGAAGAUGAAUCCAACACCUACUCCAUCACAAGUUUUGGUAGUAAGAGAAUAACAACAGCUAAAGUUCUGCUGCUUUGGGCUCUGGGCUAUAGCCCUCAAUCAACUGAGCAAAUACAUUACUUGGGUAAGCAUGAACGAUCGAAAUACAUGUCGUUUCCGUUUACCGACAUCAAUGCCUUAGAUUGGAUUCAGAGAAACAAAGAUUGGUCUCGAUUGCAAGAGCCAGUCAGGAAGAACUCAGUCGACGAAGAAAACCAUCAAACUUCGCUAGUCCUUUCAGAAGACAAGAUCGACGAACUGUAUAGCAGCCUCCUAGGCGCCCGUACUAAUGCAACCUCUGACAUCAAAGCCGAGAAUUCGUCCAAGAUUUGGAGUAUCACCUUAGGACAAUUACUGAGGACAGCAGAUAAUGAAACUGCAUUCCAAACAAAAGUUGCGGGGGCGGCCGCCAAGUUGCUCCGGCUUCCAUUGAAUGAAGGUUCGUUUACUCAAGACCAUUUAUAUACCGUGGAUCAACAUGAAUACUUCGUUCAGCUCAAGUUCAUUCCCAACCUGGGAGAUUUGAACCACACCAAGACCAUACCGCCUCUAGAAUUGUGGUUUGAGCUGGACGAUGAUGAUAAAGCCAUCAAUAGUAGCGUUCGUUGCCUAUUGCAUGCAGAAGAUAAAAGUUUAUUAUUGGAAAUGCCUCAAUCUCCUUAUGAUUUGAAGGUUAAUGUCGAUAAUACAUUGGAAGUUACACAACCUUAUGAUUUAGAUCCUGAAAAUUGGCUAAAAGAUCAACCUGGGCUGAAGGAGUUCUUACUCAAGGCUCGAUUGAACUUCCAAGGAAAUGAAAAGUUGUUUAUUCCCAAAAGCUUGGCCUUGAAUCUCCAGUUCCAAGAUAGUCCGGACUCCAACACUAUAACUUAUGGAUAUGUUAAUGUCAACUACCGUCGUGUUUUGAAGUUGAGAUUUUUGGACAAGUACCUGGUCCAAUUUACUGAUGUCAACGGCGGACCCAGAGGCGGCAAGUUCACCCAAAUCGACUUCGUUAACACUGAGGCAGGCGAAAUGAGCCGAUUAGAGUUUGGUCAAUUUCUCAGAGAUGUGCUCAAGUUCUGA